AUGGCCUGCUUCCGUUCCGCGGGCGUGUGUCUGUGCUCCUGGCUGCUGCUUCCGUACGAUGGUGGGGCUCAGGCAGUCAACAAGAAUAAGCGAUUUAGAAAGGACAAGCCCUGGGAUACCGAUGACAUCGACAAGUGGGCCAUCCCACAAUUUACACAGGCUGACAAUCCACAUCCGUUUGUAGAAGAGUCGUCUUUUGCUACGCUGUUCCCAAAAUAUCGCGAGGGGUACCUCAAGCAACACUGGGGCGAGGUGACCCGAGCGCUGGAGAAGUACGGCAUAGCCUGUACUCUCGACCUCGUCGAGGGAUCGAUGAUGGUCAAGACGACACGUAAAGCCUGGGAUCCUUAUGUGCUCCUCAAGGCUCGUGAUCUCAUCAAGCUCCUCGCUAGGAGUGUGCCGGCGACAGAAGCGCUGCGAAUCCUGCAGGACGAUGUGGUGUGCGAUAUUAUCAAGAUUGGAAACUUUGUGCGCAACAAGGAGAGGUUCGUCAAGAGGAGACAGAGGCUCAUUGGACCCAAUGGCUCUACUCUCAAGGCCAUUGAGCUCCUGACGGGAUGCUAUGUCCUGGUGCAAGGAAACACAGUGGCCGCGAUGGGCAGCUACAAGGGGCUCAAGGAUGUAAGGAGGGUCGUGGAGGACUGUAUGAAGAAUGUCCAUCCCAUCUAUCACAUCAAGGAACUCAUGAUCAAGCGAGAGCUAGCCAAAGACCCCAAGCUAGCCGAAGAGUCCUGGGAUCGCUUCCUCCCUAAAUUCAAGAAACGCAACGUAAAGUCCAAGAAGCCCUCUGCUUCUACCUCCAGCGCCAACGGCUCCGGUCCCUCUGGCUCCAACUCCCUCCCCCUCUCCUCUUCCACCGGUGCCGCUGCUCCCACUCCCGCCCCCCAAAAGAAGAAGACGUACACCCCCUUCCCACCCGCGCAACAACCCUCCAAACUCGAUUUACAAAUGGACAGUGGCGAGUACUUCUUACAACCUCAUGAAAAGGCUGCUGGUGAGAGGAGGAGACGAGAGGAGAGACAGAAGGAGAAGCAGGUUGAGAGGGAAAAGAAGAGGGGAGAGAUGUACGAGGUGCCCAAGGGAGAUUUAAAGGCGGAGAAUGUGGAUGAGGGGAAGAGGGAGAGGAAGGAGAAGAAGAGUAAGAGUAGGAGCAAAGGGGAAGAGUAG